UUGUGCCAGCUUCAGGUUCUUCGGAACUAGACCGGUUUUACACACAUACUCCUCUUGUUUAAAUAGAAAGGGGAUGAUCUGUAACAACGGCUAUAUAAGGAAAGACGCUAGCAUAUCCUGGGUAGAGGCAAUCAAAAGAUGUGGGACAUUACAGACGAACCUUAAUGGCUAUUAUAACGGUUUGACGCAUUCCGUCAAAUAUUGGCCAAUAUGGACAGGGUUCUAUAGACGAAGCAUCGAAAAAUGGACUCCUAAUAGUAAAAGGUUAUAUCAGGGAGACAACCUUCAUUCCAUUCACUGUGUUGCGGUCAAGGUCAAUAAUGACGGGACCCUUUAUCAGAUCACAUACCCACAACUCUGUACAAAAUCUCUGCCAACUUUAUGUGAAAAAUCCACAAGAGUCGAUGGAAAUUGGGCGCCGUGGGGUGUGUGGAGCCAGUGUCCAGUCACAUGUGGAAGGGGUACAAUACAACGAAGUCGCGAAUGUACAAACCCACCACCAAAACACGGAGGGAGCGACUGCGUGGGAGAUGCUGUCGAAUCUAAACCGUGUAACACAGAUCCCUGUCCAGUUGACGGCAAUUGGUCAUCUUGGAGUCCAUGGGGAAACUGUUCAUCUGACUGCGGGAAAGGUGAACAAUGGCGCAGCCGGGAAUGUAACAACCCCAAACCUGAACACAAUGGGAAGGACUGCGAGGGUGACGAGAGGCAACGCCAGGAGUGCAUCGGGUGUCCAUGUAUGCUCCUUUAGUAAAGCAGAGAAUUAUUUUUUUUUAAAUAUAAAUCAAUGCUUAUCGCUUAUUAGUAUAUGCUUCGGCUGAUAUAGCUUUGCAUUCAAUGACGACA